AUGGAAGCUCUUCCAUCCAGAAGCUUCUUUCUGAUCGUCCUCUUUGUCCAUGGGCUGUCCUGGAACAUUGCAGCAGAGGUUCAGGGAUCCUCAGAUGGUGCCAAUGCUGCCCAGGAACCCGUGAGGCUAACAGAUGUCUCAGCUGCUAAGGAGUUCAUCGACGCUGCUGAAGUGGCAGUAAUAGGCUUCUUCCAGGAUCUAGAAAUACCUGUUGUGCCCAUACUCCACAGCAUGGUGCAAAAGUUCCAAGAUGUACCAGUUGGCAUAAGCACUGACUCAGAGGUCCUGACCCACUACAACAUCACAGAAAACACCAUUUCUCUCUUUCGGCAGGUGGAUGGCGAGCGGCUGAACUUGGAGAGUGAAGACAUUGAAAGAAUUGAUGAAACCAAAUUAAGCCGUUUCAUUGAGAUCAACAAACUUGGCUGGGUGACAGAGUACAAUCCUGUGAGUGUAAUUGGUUUAUUUAAUAGCCUUGUUCCUAUUCAUCUUCUGCUCAUGAUGAACAAGGGAUCCCCAGAGUAUGAAGAAAGCAUCCACAAAUACCAAGAAGCAGCUAAACUCUUCCAAGGGAAGAUUCUUUUUGUUUUGGUGAACAGUAGUAUGAAGGAAAAUGGGAAGGUGAUAGCAUUUUUCAAAUUAAAGGAAUCUCAACUGCCCGCUUUGGCAAUAUAUCGAACUGAAGAUGAAGAGUGGGACACUCUGCCCCUCAAAGACAUCUCUGUAGAACUUGUACAAAAAUUUUGUGAUGGUUUUCUAGCAGGAAAAUUGUUGAGAGAAAAUCGUGAAUCAGAGAAGGCUCCAAAGGUGGAACUCUGA